CUUUUUAGUUUGUGGAUAAAGAAAGAUAGACUAAUGUCAAAUUUGAUUUGUUCCAGAGGUGUCACACAAUCGAUAUUUUCUGUUAUCAUCAGUUAGGUGUUUAGCUUUCGGAUUGUUGUGAUGUUGGGACGACAAUACUGCGUGUGAUCCACGUGAUUAUAAAUAAAUAUUAUAAUCCAUGGUACUUAUUGUAUAUAACGCAGAUUGCUUUAAAUAAUGGCUGAUGUAAGAUUAUUAAUUCGCGAAGAAGGUAGAACAGCUAGAAACCUGGUGGCAUUUAAUGUCCCAGUAGGUACUAAUAAUAUUGAAAGAGUUACCAGAAAACCACCAAGUGUUCCACGGGUAAUUUCAUCAACAAAUAUGAAAAGAAAUAUUAAGACUUCAGCACGAGUACGCUCAGCAUCAACUGGUCGUGAUAAAAAAUCUGAGUUACAAGCAAGAUAUUGGGCUUUUUUAUUUGGUAAUUUACAAAGAGCAGUUGAUGGUAUUUAUCAAACUUGUGAGGAAGAUGAAAACAUAUCAGAGUGUAAGGAAGUUAUUUUAGUAUUAGAAAAUUAUACACGAGACUUUCAUAAUCUUAUUGAGUGGUUUAAAGUCAAAUGGGCGUAUGAAAAUUCACCGCCUCCAUUGAGACAAGCACCGCUCGCUUGGGAAGUUAGAAAAACAUCACCAUGUAGAAUGUGGAAUUCGUCAGUAGCUAAAUGUUCUAGUCCAACACAGCGAUUGAGUCCAACUUGUCAGAGUCCGGAUGAUCAGGGGGAAAAUAGAACGGCUAGUAAUGCUGAGAAGUUGUUGAAUUCUAUACGUGAUGCUUGUGAUUAUAAAAGAAUUAAGGACAAUAAAAAUGUAUCGAGAAAAGAUCCAAAUAAUCUUAAAGACAGGCGAAGAAAUUCUGUUGAACGUGAGAGUGAUAGAAUUAUGUGCAGAGAAUCGUCGACGGUUGGUAGAGUUGUUGGAAGGAGUUUCGCUAGAUCAGCGACGUCAGUUAAAUUGAAUGGUAAUGUUAACAAUAAAAAGUCUAAUGAGAUUAUAAAUCGCGACGCUAAAAAUACGAGCGUCAACAAAGAAAAUAAAAAUAAUGAGACUGGAGCACUUAAACGGAUUCACAGUCUUGCUGAUAUUGAGAGGAUUAAAAAUAAAACAAAUGGAACAUUAACUGAAUUAUCUAGAGUUGAAAAUGACCGGGUUACAAUAGUUGAUAAUAAAAAUAUUAACAGAAAUAUGUCAAAUAAUUCUGCAAGACCGCGGUCUACUCCGAAUCCUUCUAGACCAUACGCUGCUGUUUCACAAUCCCAAAAAUCUUCAAAUCAAUUACCAGAGGCUCCCAAAAUGGUAAGAAGUAAGACGAGUUUAAAUGUACGAGAAGUGUCGAGUGUUAGUAAAGCUAGACCUGGUUCCUCAGUGAUGGUGCGCAGACGAUUGCAACGAUUAAGAAAUGAUCGUCAGCUUGAAGAAUCUAGUGACAUCAGUGGUUCUGUUGAGGUGCUGUCGAAGCAAACGGCUAAAAGUAGAAAAUCGUCGGAAGACAGCGAUGGCUGGCAGACAGUACGCGGUAGAUGUCGACGAGGAAGUUCUCAUAGCUUGAGUAUGUCAACGAGGUUUCAUCGGCCGACUACUGCAACCUCUUUGCCCGCACUGUCGAUUGAGAGUCCUAAUGAAAAGAAGAAGAAAAAUUUAUUCUCAGUGUCUUGUCCAACUCCAAACAAGGAUUUGAAUGUUGAAAAAAUGAGCAUGAUUAAAUUUGAUGAUAGAGGUAAAAAUAUGAUAACGAUUAAUGGUAAACACAAGUCUUUUGAUGAUGAAUCUAAAAAAGAAAACGUCGUGCCAAAUGUUGCUUGUGAUACAAAUUCAACGUCAGUGAUCGCGGCAAUUUUUAAAAGCGAAGCUGAGCUGUUGGAAAAAAGAAUUCAGCAGUUUAUGACUGCUCAGGCUGAACGCGAGAGAAUUAUUCUUGAGGAAGAGAGAAAGACUGAAGAAGCCGAUUCCAAAAGGUCUCAACAGCUGUCAGAUGAAGAAGCAUCUCUUCAAAGGCAGAUUCAAGAGUUAGAGUCUACGGAAAUUGACGUGGACACUGAAACAGAUGAAACGGAUGGAGAAAUGAUGCUGGAAAUAGAAGAAGGAGAGAUUCCAGAAACUAUAAAUGAAGUUGUUGAUGACAUUAGUCUUGAAGAUCGUUAUGAGAACAUGUUAGAAGGUAUGUCUUGGGCUGAACGAGUUGAUACUCUAGCACAACUUAAAGCUCUCGUAGCUCGGCAUCCCGGUAGAGCUUUGGAACUUCAUCAGAAACUUUCUUCUCCAUCGCGAAAACGAUCUUUGCCCGAAACUUUGAGACGGUACCAAGCCAAACAAGCUUGCGCACAACAUAAACGAUUGAAACUUUUGUCAGAAAAGUCUCAGCGUCUCCGUGAACUGCUAAAUAAAGUUGAAGAUGUCAAGAGAGCCAAGAAUCAGCUAACAGAAGACAAAAGAUUACGAAUGGAAAUGAAGUUAAAGAGAGCUGAAGAAAAUCGGACCCAACAUUUGCUUGAAGUUGUACGCAAAGCCCACGAUGAAGACUCCAAGCUCAAAGAAAUAGCUUUUAUUAAUGAACUAGAAGCGCAAAAUAAACGUCACGACUUUAUGGCACUGUGUCAAGAGCAAGAAGAGCGUAUCCAAGGUAUUCAUGAGGAACGUCAAAGACGUCAAGAAGAAAAAGCAGCUAAAGAAGCUGCUGCUGAAGAGCGACGGCGUGCAUUAGAAGCCGAACGGCUGCUGAGAAUUCAGAAGAUGCGACAGACAAGACGCGAACGUGAAGAACGAGUGGGUAAAAUGCAGCUAGAGAGAGAAAAAGAACGAUUAGAACUGGCUCGAGAAAAAGCAAGAGACCGUGAAGAACGUCUGAGUGCGCUUCAUGCUGCUCAGCUGGCCAAUCAAGAGGAACUGCAAAAGAAAAUAGCGCAAAAACAACAGGAAUCCGCUAGGCGCCAUGGAGAAAAUAUUGAGCACAUCAGACAACGUGCUGUUGAAUUGUCCAUCUUGAGAAUGGAAGAAAUACCGCCGACUUUGAAAUGUUACCCAGCUCCAAAGCAAUGCUCGCUGUGCAAUACUCAGAUACUUAAUGAAGUAUGUCUAGUUAGUCAUUUGAAGAGCAAACACCACCUGGAUGCUGUUAAAAAAGUCCAUGAUGGUAAAGAAUUGUCGCGAGAUGAUUUACACAAGUUCAAUAUUACUCAGAUAAAAGAUGUCCAGGUGUCAAGUGCUGUUGCCGAUGAUAAGGCUGCUAAGGAGAAACAAAGAGCCUUGAAGAGACGAAGCAGGAAACUCAAACAGCGUAUGACUGCUCGAGGACAAGAGUGGAAAAACUCACAGACUGGUGAAAAUGGACAGAAUAUUGAGUCGAGUAAUAAGACAAAGUUGAGGAGAAACUUGAAGGAGUUGGAUCGAUUGUGUAGCAGUCAUGGCAAAACUACAUGGUCAAGUGUCGCAGUUGCUGGACUUGAAAGAUGUUUAGGUGAAAUCGGAAGGGUUUUUAGUAAAACUAGUUCUGUUGAUCAAGAUGUCUUUCAAUCUUUAAAUGGAUUCGAGACUUUGACAAAUUUAUUAAAUCUCGGGGUUAAUAUUCAGAAUAAUUCUCACACUCUAUCGAAUAAAAGUAUCAUGUCAAUUUGCCGAGUCUACAAAGCCAGUGUCAACGAUCAUUCUGAUAAUAUUGAAGCUGUUCUGCUUAGCAAUAAAAUUCUUACUAUUCUGGAUCUUAUACUACAGAGAUUCGAGGCAGUUGCUAGUUUGGAUGACGCUGCACAGACUCAAGAGUCAACGACGAACACAAGUAAUGCCAGCGUUGCAACUGCGGCUAUUCAAUUACUCUGCAGUCUUGUACCAGAAGUGCCUUCCAAUAAAUCUAUCGUACAAAGUCGUCUCCACGAUAUCAUUGGAUUCCUGGUAACUGGUGGUCUAGUUGACCGAGUGACUCGUCACAACCGAGCGCUCAUUGAAAGUGAUUAUUUAUUGGACCAGGAACACGAGUCACCGCUUCUUCUCGCGUCCUAUGACCUUCUUCAUCGGCUGACAUGUCACCUUAAACGCGUAAAUAGUAAUAAUGACAACUCAAAUUCGGUGAAUCAUGAAUCUGAACAAAGCACCGCUGAAUCUCAUCUGCUGGGAUGUCUUGAGACAACUGAAGCUGCUGGAGCUAUCGGGUGUCUCUACGCAACGUUUGCUUUGGCCCAUCAAAAAUGUGCUUCACCCACACCUGGGCAAACCAGCUGCUCGUCCUCUUCGGCAAAACUUCUAGCUUCACGUACUCUCAAGUUGCUCAAGUCGAUUGCUCAAGUGGAUCUACAAACACUUCAGAAAUUACUGGGAGCUGAGGGUACUAGUUUACAAUGGCGGUUGAUAGCCAGCCACCUGAUCACCAGGUUUCUAAGGGAGGAACCCCUUGAAGAAAUAAAUGAGACGAGUAAAGCCACCCAGAGUUCACCAACGGCAGUCCACAUUCUCACUGAGCUAUUUACUGUUCUCGGUUACUUUGCCGUAAAUAAUACCGAUAAUCAGCUGGUUCUUCAGACCGCUGGCGCCGGUUCUAGUGUUCUUCAACAGCUUUGUACAUUACCUUUUCCAUUUUACGGUGAUCCUAGACUAGCACUGUUUACUCUUCCAACACUUCUUGCAGCAACUCAUAAAAAUCCUGAAGCUACUGCCGUCCUCUCAUGUGAAAUGUCCUAUCAGCUUUUAGAAGAGUAUAGAGACUCCAAGGAAGGUAAACUUCAUCCGUUAAUUCGUCUGAUGAAGGACACUCAUACUGCAUAAGCUGCACAAUUACUAUCAAUUGUGCCUUCUCACUACCAUAUAUACCUUUAAAAUAAUUCCAAAUAAUAAUUAUUAUUAUACACUGAUAAUUUUUCUUCUAUUAUUAUUUUAUUUUGAGUUACCUUUUGCAAUGUGAUCAUUAAUUUAUUUUAUUUUUUAUUUUCACGAGUUCUUUGACACUGUAAAUAUAAAAUAUUAUUUAUUACAUACGUGAGAAUUUUUAAGUCAUGAUAUAUAUUAUUAUUUAAUACUAUAUUUAUUAUAAAAAUACUUAUAUGUUUUUUGUUGAUAACAAAAAAUAUUAAGUGCAAUGUCCGGCCAAUGCAAUUUAUAUUAAAGUAUUAAUUAUCAAUGAUACUUAAAUAAUA